GAUCCCGUUGCGGGAUGGAAGGGGGGAGGUGGGAGAGAAGGGGUGUCCGGGCCGCCCCUCUCCGGGGCUGUCAAUCAGGGCGGGGGAUCAGGGGCCCCGGCUGCGGGGAGAGACGGAGCUACUACGCCACAACCCCCUUCUGCAGCCAGCUAUCGCCGCCAUGAGAGAGAGCCAGGCCCCCAUCCCUCCUCCUCCAGCAUCCAGCCUCCCUCACACACAGCGACCGGCCUUUAUAUCCACCCCCCGUCCCAUCCCCUCCGCUAGCCUCUUCCCUUCCUCCUGAUUAUCAGUGCUAGCAUUAAUUCACCAUGAGCGAUCAGGCGGAAGAAGAUAUGGCCAGCGAAGAAGGAAAAAGUAAUGAACCCGAAACCAAAAAAAAGGGCAAAGCAUCAGGUUCACAGGACUCUCAGCCUUCUCCCCUGGCUUUGCUAGCUGCAACCUGCAGUAAAAUAGGGACAACUGGGGAAAAUCAAGCGGCUGGACAGCAGCAGAUAAUCAUAGAUCCCAGCCAAGGAUUGGUUCAACUACAAAACCAGCCACAGCAGCUGGAGUUGGUUACCACUCAGCUGGCAGGCAGUGCCUGGCAAAUAGUCGCCGCCGCACCUCCCAUCUCGAAAGAAAACAGUAUAGCUCAGCAAGGCAUUUCAAUAGCUGCUAGCACUGCGGGUUCGUCCGCUAGCAGCAAUGAGAAUUCAUCACCCACAAAAACUAAAGUUAGCACUUCAGCUGCAGCCCCUGGGCAGUUCCAGGUCAUCCAGGUCCAGACUCCUGGUGGGAACGUGCAGUACCAAGUUAUUCCUCAGAUUCAGACUGUGGAUGGUCAGCACAUUCAGAUCAGCCCUGGAAAUGCCACCACACUGCAAGAUUUGCAAGGUCAAAUCCAAUUUAUUCCCGCUGGUAACAAUCAAGCCAUUAUCACUGCUGGCAAUAGAACGACAUCUGGAAAUAUUAUUGCACAGAACUUGUCGAAUCAAACUGUGCAGAUUCGGCCUGGAGUUUCUAUACCACUGCAGCUGCAGACCAUCCCUGGCCAUCCUCAAGUUGUGACAACCGUACCCAUUAACAUAGGAGGAAUGACACUGGCUCUGCCUGUGAUCAACAGUUUGUCUGCUGGAGGGAGUUCAGCACAGAUCAUUCAGUCCACCGAUGGCGGGGUCAUCAAUGGAAAUCAACUGGUGUCUACACCCAUCACAACAUCCUCUGUCAGUACCAUGCCUGAUUCUCCCUCCUCCUCCACCUCAUCCACCACCUGUACAACCACUGUGUCCACCACCCUGACUAGCAGCGACACACUGGUCAGCACAGCCGAAUCAGGCCAGUUCGUAAGCACACCAGCAAGUACAGAACGUGCAGCGGAAGAGUCGCCAUCCUCUGUUACAGAAUCUGAAUCUCAGAGUAGCAGUCAGCUUCAGGCAAAUGGACUUCAGAACGUGUCUGACCAGUCAAGUUCCUUGCAGCAGGUGCAGAUUGUGGGCCAGCCAGUUUUACAGCAGAUUCAGAUUCAGCAGCCACAGCAGCAGAUUAUACAAGCCAUACCACAGCAGUCUUUUCAGCUUCAGUCAGGACAGACCAUACAGACUCUUCAGCAGCAACAGCUGCAGAACAUUCAGCUCCAAGCACUAAGCCCAACACAGGUUCUCAUAAGAGCCCCGACAUUAACCCCAUCCGGCCAGAUCAGCUGGCAGACUGUGCAGGUUCAGAAUAUCCAAAGCCUUCAGAACUUGCAAGUUCAAAACGCUGGUCUGCAGCAACAGCUCACCAUAACCCCAGUGUCCACCAGUAGCGGUACAACGAUUGCCCAGCUUACACCAGUUACAGUUUCUGGCACCCCGAUCACACUCAAUGCUGCCCACUUUACAUCUGUGCCUAAUCUGCAGACUGUCAGCGUUGCAAAUCUUGGUACAGCUGGAGUCCAGGUUCAGGGGGUCCCUGUAACAAUUACAAACGUCGGAGGUCAGCAGCAAGGAAGUGACGGUGUCAAAGUACAGCAAGCUACCAUAGCUUCCAUUGCUGUUGGGGGGCUUACCAAUGCAACCAUUGGUGCUGUCAGUCCUGAUCAAAUAUCACAAGUGCAGCUUCAACAGUCUCAGCUAUCAUCGGAUCAAGAGGUGCAGACUGGCAAGAGACUAAGACGAGUUGCAUGUUCUUGUCCUAACUGUAGAGAAGGGGAAGGAAGAGCAAACAGUGAACCGGGAAAGAAAAAACAGCACAUAUGUCACAUUGAAGGAUGUGGAAAAGUAUAUGGGAAGACAUCCCAUCUCCGAGCACAUCUUCGUUGGCACACUGGAGAAAGACCUUUUGUAUGCAACUGGAUCUUCUGCGGCAAGAGGUUUACCAGAAGUGAUGAGUUACAGAGGCACAGAAGAACCCACACAGGUGAGAAGAGGUUUGAGUGUCCAGAAUGUUCCAAAAGGUUCAUGAGGAGCGACCAUCUCUCAAAACAUGUCAAAACCCACCAAAACAAAAAGGGAGGUGGAACAGCACUGGCAAUCGUAACAUCAGGAGACCUGGACGCCUCAGUCACUGGAGUCCUUGGCUCCCCAAGAAUUGUUACUGUGGCAGCCAUCUCCCAAGAUUCAAACCCAGCCACCCCAACAGUUUCUACAAACAUCGAUGUUCUAGAAGGUGACAAGGACUUGUACCGCUGCACUUAAUCAUGUCCUUUAUAGAAUUGUGAUCUGGUCUGUACAUUUUGUUUUUCUUUUCAAGGAAAUAUUUUUUUAAGUUAUUCAUCCCAAUAACAGCAGGAUGAAGCUGAUAUAUACUAAACUGUGAAGAAGAAUACACAUUUUUUUCUAAUAUUAGGCAAUUUAAAUCUGAAAAACAGAGAUAUUUUACCUGUAUCAUAAAUUCUGCAUUUUGUAAAAGCUUCUAAAUUUUAACGCUUUCUCAUUCCUGUUAGCCCUUCUGAAAACGACCACUGUUUAUAAUAGUAAAAAUAUUGAUAGACUCAGGGCCAUUAAUAUUACAAACCUGGUUUGUAAAAAGGCCAUACAAUCAGUUUAUUUGUGGUAGCAUAAAGAUUCUGCAGUCACCUUUACAAAGAUGCGAUUUUUGUAUUGAGACCUGCUUGUAAAAUGUGGGGAAAAUAGUUAUUUAUAUAAAUUUAAUGCUAUCCUUAUGCAAGCUGCAUAGAGUUUCAUACCACCCAAGACAGUGAACCUGCUCUAAGCAUUUUUUAAAUAGCGUUUUUGUAGAUAAGCAUUAUUAAAAACCAACAUGUACAAACCGCGACAGUCAAGCCUUUCCACAUUCCACGCUCCUCCUAUAUAUAUUUUUAUUAUCAUUUUUAUAUUUACUGCUUUGGAAAGUCAGUAUAUACCACAUACGUUUUAGACUUUUAAUAUGCAAAGCUGAUGUAGGAUUCACAUUUCAUCAGAGGAAUGUACUAAGUUAUAUGUUUUCAUCAAGUAAGUUAACAAAAUGGCUAUAAAAAUUGUAUAGCUCAUGGCUAGUUCGAGGAGGUGAGAUAUUACAAAAAGUAAUUUUGCAGCUUUUUACAGUUUCAAGAAGCACAACCGAUGUAUGUAAAUUUUACUUUUUCCCCUGUAAUCUAGUUUACAUUUUGUAGUCACGUUUGG